AUGUUGAGAUAUGCCUGUAAUGGAAUACGACGCAGGAGUGCUUUUGAGGCAAGGUUCAUAAAGUUUCGACCUCAUAACAAUUACGUGUUAUCGAAUCGAAACUACGCCAAAACUUCCAAGGCUUCAAAUGGAAGCAGUAACAGCACAAAGACCGAUCCCAAUACCAAUAGUAGCCCAUCUGCCUCGAAAAUUAUACCAGAAUCAACUGAGAAAGCAAAGGAACUGGAACCGCCCAAAUUAUCUGGGACAAAUAUGCCGGUGAAUCUAGCACAAUACGAACCAGAUGUAAAGCCAGUGGACGUCAGUGGUGGUGGAAGUGUAGAAGAGGACCAAAGUUCCGCAGAACAGGCAAAUGAGGCUACUGAUGAGGCUAAUCUGGAGGCAAUAAAGGACGAGUACCUUACGACAAUUUUCGAAGAUAUGGAGCCGUAUAUGGACACCUACAGUGUUUAUACCCAGCUCGCGGCUGCUGGAUUCACAGGAGAGCAAGCCGACGAAAUCAUAAACCUUAUCGUGAAACAAAUUAAUACCAAGCUAUCAAAGUUGUCGACUAAGUACUCCCAGCUCUUUGAGCUCGAAAACGAGAAAUACCUCUUUGAAAGCGCCCAGCAAGAAUUGCGAGUCGACAUCACCCGGUCCCGGGAAAAGCAUAUAAAUGAACUUACCAACCUACUCCAUCUAUUGGAACGUGACUUUAACAUUUUAUCCGAUGAGCUCAAUGGAGAUUUUAUCAAAAUGAAGAACGACACUCAAGUGGCCACUAAUGACCAAAAGUCUGAAAAUACGCUACAGUCGAAGAAGAUUAUCCUUCGAAUUCAAGAAACCAAUCAUAAAAUCACCACGGAACUUAACUCUGCCAUGAGGUCUGAAAUUGAGAGUCUUCGGUGGCAUAUUUCCAGGUGGGGACUUAUGGCUAUUCUUGUCUCGGUGUUUUCAGGGUGUACUACGUUUUAUAUCCACAAGGUCAAAUCAAGCAAAGCACAAUCAAAACAUGAUUUUGUUCCAUUGGUGAUUUACGAGCCUAGCGAAUACGAAGAGGACGAUUAUCAUACUGAUCUCGACAAGAACUUGGUGGCUUGA